UCGCCGCGCGCGGAUAAUGGCGACUGCAGCAGCCUGAGCGGGGGGGACUUCGUGCUCCAGUAAUUUCCUGUUGUGGCGGGAGGAAUCUGGGGUGCCUCCGGAGCCGGCGGCUGCAGUGCCCGCGCGCCUGCGCGCUUCCGCCUCGCCCUGGCCCGAGCGGUUGCGUCAAGGCCCCGCCAAGCCCGCCAGAGUCGUCUUGGCCUCUUCACUUCUCUGAGCAGUGUCCCUGGGACCAGGUCAGAAACAUGAGUGGCAACAACUUAAGCGGGAACGACGAGUUCGAUGAGCAGUUGCGACUGCAAGAAUUGUACGGAGACCCCAAGGACGGUGACACCCAGAAUGACCCGUCUGGAGAAACCGAUUCUUUGGGACAGCCGCCCGAUGACACUCCCUACGAGUGGGACCUUGAUAAGAAGGCUUGGUUUCCUAAGAUCACCGAAGAUUUCAUUGCUACGUAUCAGGCUAAUUACGGCUUUUCUAGUGACGGCGCAUCUAGUUCUACUGCAAAUGUCCAGGACACCAACAUGAAGACUGUAGAAGAACCUCCACAAAGAGAAAUCCCCGAAGCCACUGACUCCAAAAAGAGGGGAGAAAAGAGAAAGGCUGAUUCAGGAUGGUUCCAUGUUGAAGAAGACAGAAAUACAAAUGUAUAUGUGUCAGGUCUGCCUCCAGACAUCACAGUGGAUGAAUUCAUACAGCUUAUGUCCAAAUUUGGCAUUAUUAUGAGAGAUCCUCAGACAGAAGAAUUUAAGGUCAAGCUUUACAAAGAUAAUCAAGGAAAUCUUAAAGGAGAUGGGCUUUGCUGCUAUCUAAAGAGAGAAUCUGUGGAACUUGCACUAAAGCUUUUGGAUGAAGAUGAAAUUAGAGGCUACAAGUUGCAUGUCGAGGUGGCGAAGUUCCAGCUGAAGGGCGAGUAUGAUGCCUCAAAGAAGAAGAAGAAGUGUAAAGACUACAAGAAGAAACUGUCUCUGCAACAGAAGCAGUUGGAUUGGAGACCUGAGAGGAGAGCUGGACCAUCCCGGAUGCGACAUGAGCGAGUUGUCAUCAUCAAAAAUAUGUUUCACCCCACAGAUUUUGAGGAUGAUCCAUUGGUGCUGAAUGAGAUCAGAGAAGACCUUCGAGUAGAAUGUUCCAAGUUUGGACAGAUUAGGAAGCUCCUUCUGUUUGAUAGGCACCCAGAUGGUGUGGCCUCUGUGUCCUUCAGGGAACCAGAAGAGGCUGAUUAUUGUAUUCAGACUCUUGAUGGAAGGUGGUUUGGUGGCCGUCAAAUCACUGCUCAAGCCUGGGAUGGGACUACAGAUUACCAGGUAGAGGAGACGUCAAGAGAAAGAGAGGAAAGGCUGAGAGGCUGGGAGGCAUUCCUCAAUGCUCCUGAGGCCAACAGAGGCCUCCAGCGCAUGGAUUCCGUCUGUGCUUCAGAAAAGGCAGGGCCUUCCAGAGGAAGGCAUUUUUCAGAGCAUCUGAGCAUGUCUAACACAGAUGCUCAGGAAGCUAUAACUGGAAUGGCAUUUGGAGAAACUAUCGAUGAAAAUAAGUUUGAAAAGGCAGAAGAUGGAGGAGAAUUUGAAGGAAAUGCUUCUGAAAAAGAUGCUAAAGAAAGUGGGUCUGAUGAAGAUGACCCUGAGAGAGAGAGUGAAGAGGGCUGCGCCAAGAGAGAGAGUGAAGAAGGCUUCCCUGAGAGUGAGCUUGAAGAGGGUAAUCCUAAAAAGGAGUCUCAAGGGCAUGGUCCUGAAAGAGAAUCUAAGAAGAAAGGCAAAGAUAAUUAUGAAAAGAAUGGCCUUGCCAAAGGGUCUGAAGACAGUGACCACAGCAGAGAGUCUGAAGGGGCAGAUAGCUUCAAGAAAGAGUCAGAAGAUGAUGACUCAGCAUCUGAGGAAGAGUGCUUAGAAAAGCAGUCUGAAGAUGGCUCUGACAAAGACGUAGAAGAAAAUGGUGUUAAAAAAGCUUUUGACCAGGAUGCCUUUGACAAGGAGUCUCCUGUAAACGUUGAGAAAGAAUCAGAAGAAAAUGAUAGUGACAAAUCAGAAUUUGAAGAAGGCUCUGAGAGAGUGUUAGAUGAUGAAGGCUCUGAGAGAGAGUUUGAUGAAGACUUGGAUGAAAAGGGGGAGGAAGACGAAGAGGAAGCAGUCGUAUAUGAAAGGGUUUUUGAGGAUGAGUCUGACGAGAAUGAUGAUGACUUAGAAGCAGACGAGGAGUGUGGGGAUGCUGAUGACAAUGAGGAAGAUGACAUAGAUGAGAAGCUCUUCGAUGACUCCGACGAAAAGGAAGAGGAAGAAGAUACGGAUGUAAAGAAAGAUGAAGAUACCAAUGACAAGCUGUUUGAAGAUACUUCCAAUGAGAAGUUUUUUGAUGACGAAGAAGGUCUUAAUGAGAAGUUGUUUGAUGAUUCUGAUGAGAGAGGGACUGUGGGGAAUGUGAAGGAAGACGGGUCUCAGUCCACAGACAGCAGCUUUGCCCUCAGUAGUGAUGAUGAUGAUGAGAUUUAAUCCUUUCCACUUGCUUUUUAGGGAGAGCCCUGUGUCUCUAUUUGCCUGUGCUUCAGGGUCAGUAGUAGUGUUACAUCAACAUGUGCAUAGGGUUAGGAUGCCAUCAGACUAACGUCUCGAAGGUUUCUGUUCUCACCUGUACCAUUGCAUUUAAAUAUGUUUAUUGGCUCUUCAGGUAAAACUUCAUAGUUCAAUGCAGGUAAACUGGAUACCUGUUUUCUGCUGGAUUUAUGAAAUGCAUGCAAAAGAAUAUUUUUAAAGUAUCCAAAUUGGAGUUUGUGAUAAUCAGAAAUAAAGAUGAAUUGAUAAUAUGCAGAAACUGAAAUGUGGACUUGAGUUGAUUUGUGUUUGGAAUCAAAUAUUGCUUGAUUCCUCCCACACCUCUUGCUUCCAGCUGUGUUACCACUUGGGUUAACCUUCCCCCUUCUGCACUAUAACUUGGUCCUAAAGACAAAAGAAAUGACAUUUUAAGCUCCUUCACCAAUCCUUGGAAGUUACCUGCUUUCUUUUUUACCCUCUUUCUAUUAAAAACAAGAUGUGCAUGUGGUCCAUAGCUUGAGUGAUUGAAAACAGAGAAAAGGUGAUCCGAGUUGGACUGUGCCAGUUUAGAAGAUGACUGAAGUUACGAGAUCUCUCUGCAGAAAGAUGGGACGCACAAGCACUACACAAUUUCUUAAAUACAAUUUUGAGAAGUUGAUGGAUUCCACUGGAGAUUAAGAACUUUUUUCCUUAGGAAUAUAAUUUUUGUUUUGUUUUAGAAUCAUGGUUCUUAGUAUUGUGCCACAUCAAGUUGCUGUAAUACAAUUAUGAAUCAUCCUUGAUCGAGCUUUCCCAAUUCAGUAUUGGUGAACUUGCUAAUAAUGUAGUGUUGAAAAGUUCUGUUGGGAGCAUUGGACUGCAUCAGUGCUCAAACGUCCACCUAUUACAGACUAUCUCUAAAGAAAAUCAAUACUUUGCCUUCAAUACACAUUGGUUGGAAUGGGCAGUUCGACAACAUAAAUUAGGUCUACAACUAUGACAGGAGGGGUCCUGGUGGGAAGUGUGUGAUUUUGACUAUAGUGGCAACACACACCUAUAAUCACAGUACUUGGCAGGCAGAGACCAUCCUGGGCUCACGUUCAGGCCAGCCUCAGCCUCAUAGUGAAACCCUGUCUCAGGAAGAAAAGCAUAAUUUGAAAAUCCAGACUCUGCCAUUAAACAGUGCAUCUGAUCAGUUGUUUGGGGGAUUAAGAAGGAUUAACACUGCUUGGCAAAGACUCCUUACCAUUUGC